CUGCAAAUCCGUGUGCGUGCGUGUGCCUGCGCUGGUCCGUUGCAACGCAAUUUCUGGACUGACAAAACGGAGAUAAAUGAGGGACAACUGAUCAUUUUCUCUGAAUGAAAGAACGCCAGGAUGACAGCAGAAAUGUUUCCUAAGGAGAAGACCAUCGAUCUUCGGAAAAAGCACAUUGGUCCAUCAUGUAAGGUGUUCUUCAGCCAUGAUCCCAUCAAGAUUGUGCGGGCCAAAGGCCAGUACAUGUAUGACGAGAAUGGUGUGCGAUACUUGGACUGCAUCAACAACGUUGCACACGUGGGUCACAGUCACCCAAUGGUGGUGAAGGCUGGGGCUGAACAGAUGGAACUACUGAAUACUAACUCACGCUUCCUGCAUGAUAACCUUGUCCAGUACGCCCAGAGGCUGCAGGCUACUCUACCUGAAAAGCUCUCUGUUUGCUACUUUGUCAACUCAGGCUCUGAAGCCAAUGACCUGGCACUCAGACUGGCCUGGGAGUACACAGGCCACAAAGACGUCAUAACGUUGGACAAUGCCUAUCACGGCCACGUGUCAUCGCUCAUUAACAUCAGCCCUUAUAAAUUUCACCAGCUGGCCAAUGCAGAGCAGAGCAAAUCUGUUCACGUGGCUCUGAGCCCUGACCUCUACAGAGGCAACUAUAGACAAGACCAUCCAGACCCCGCCACAGCAUAUGCCGAUGACGUCAACAAUCUUAUACAGAAAGCCCAUGAGAAAGGACACAAGGUUGCUGCUUUUAUUGCAGAGUCGCUGCAGAGUUGUGGUGGGCAAGUCAUUCCCCCUGCAGGCUACUUCCAGAAAGUGGCACAACAUGUUCACCAGGCUGGUGGCCUAUUCAUCGCUGACGAGGUGCAGGUGGGAUUUGGCCGUGUUGGCACCCACUUCUGGGCCUUCCAGCUACAGGAAGACUUUGUGCCUGACAUUGUCACCAUGGGCAAACCCAUCGGCAACGGGCACCCCAUGUCAUGUGUGGUCACCACAAGAGAGGUAGCAGAGGCCUUCAAGAACUCUGGCAUGGAGUACUUCAACACGUUUGGCGGUAACCCUGUGUCCUGUGCCAUUGGCCUUGCUGUGCUGGACGUGAUUGAGAAAGAGGAUCUCCAAGGCAACGCGCUGCGAGUGGGGGGCUACCUAAUGCGACUGCUGGAGCAGCAGAAAGAGAAGCAUCCACUAGUGGGGGAUAUCAGGGGUCGUGGCCUGUUUGUUGGGGCGGAGCUUGUGAGAGAUCGGGUGAAACUGACCCCUGCUACAGCGGAAGCUCAGGACAUCAUUUACAAACUGAAGGAACAACACAUCCUACUAAGUGCAGAUGGUCCUCAUCGCAAUGUCCUCAAGUUCAAACCACCCAUGUGCUUCUCUGAGGAGGACGCCGACAUGGUCGUGGAAAAGAUUGACCAGAUUCUCACAGACAUUGAGAAGGCGUUGGGGUUACAAAUGCCCUCCACAGUACAUACAGAGAAUGGAAGCCAUAAGAGAAAUGUAAACUGAGAUGUCUGGCUGCUACGACGACGUGUCCAGGAAGUACCGAAAAUCUAGUUCUAGAAAAAAGGAACUCCCGCUUGCAGCGAAACGAAAUAUUCCUUCGAGGACUCUCCCAAGCCAAUGGGCUCUCAGCAACGCUUCCACCGGCUCGUCAUUACGCCGUGUGCACUGCGCGGUGAAACACCGCUACUGUUUGGAUUCUUUACAUACAAUAGAAAUAAGCGGAAUCAUUUUUAUGUAAUUAAUUUCAUUAUUCUUUUGGCCAAAUUUCAUAUACACAAAUGUAAAUUUACAAACAGAAAACCACAUUUUCGUACCAUACAAAAAUAAAUUGAACUGUAUUUUAAGACGGUUAAAUGCUCUACUAACAAAAGAGCUGUUAGAAUUGUAAGUAUAUGCAUGUCCCUUAAGGUCCUUGUGUAAUUGUAAUGUGAUAUUGUACCCCCUAGCUCGAUUGUCUAUUGUUUGUAAUCUAUGUAUGCUUGUGUUCCCUCAUGUGCUUUUAUGUAUUGAUUUGAUAUUAAUAAAACAUUUAAAAAGAAAAGAUAAAAGAAAAAAAAGAAACACCGCUUCCCAUUCAUUUUCAAGUGGAAGGAAAACGGAGAGGGCAGGAGACCGUUGAGCGGCGUGAUGUUAGACGUUUCCCAGCUUUAUGCAAAUCACCAGCGGCGACUGCUAGGCAAUGACCAAUCAUAUAUAUUUUAUUUAACCAGGCAAGUCAGUUAAGAACACAUUGUAAUUACAAUGGCGGUCUACCCCGGCCUAACCCCGACGACGCUGGGCCAAUAGAUCAUUUAAACAACGUAGCAACGCCCACUUCCGCUCAACUUCCUACAUGAUACAUAGCUUCCUGUCAGCCUGAUAGUAGCCAUACUAGCCUCUAAGUCGCUCGUUUUAUCAUUACCUCAUUAUAUUAAUAUAAUUUUCCUAUAGCUUUUAAAAAAAUAUAUUAUUGUUGAAAAUUGUGUUUAUCCGUUCAGUUAGUGAUUUUUGUCAUUCGAUUAUUGUGUUCUGUGUCUUUUUUUGUCUCGUUUAGCUAGCUAUUAACGCGCUAACCAUUAUUAAGGUGGCUAGUAAUUAGUCAACACCCCUGCUUACCAUGGCAUUGUUUUACACAAGGUGCUUGAAGAGCUGCCAAAGGUAACAGUGACGGGUGUACAUCGUCUGGCCAAGACAAUUAGCAAAGCACCGACCUCCAAGUUGGAAAAAGGUUUAAAACUUUGUCUCCAGUUAUCUUUUCUACUAUGAAGGUUGUACUGAAGCUCUCUGAGCCAGAAACAAUGAGACAUCACUGUUUGUGUUGCUGGCACUGCAUUAUGCAACCACACAGUUGCAUUACUAUUCCAGUCUGCACACUAUUCCCAGAUGGGAACAUCAGUCAUCCCACCUGUGCACAGAGGCCAGGCAGCAGUGGCAUAAGCCCAGGACUAUGGGUCUGAAACCUGGGCCUAUAGGCAAAAUGACCAUCACCAAGCCCACCAAAAGGUGGAUGGCAGAAAGAGGGAUUAGAAGUACACUCUACAGUGCCGUUCUUGAACCGCUCCCUGACUUCUCAGUUCUUCAGAUAGAAGAGGCAUAAAAUAACUUUGACCCUCUAUCCAAGCCAUUGAUCUGCAGCAUGGGGAUGUCUGCUGAAAAGCUUUUAGCCAAGGAAAGAUGCAAGUGGGGAGCCUCCUGUCUUACCAGCAGCCACCAAUCACAAUGCAACUCAUAGGUCACCAUAAGGAGACACCACCAUUCCCUUCACUGCCCCUGGAUUGCUACAGACUGGAGAACAACUUUCAAGGCUGCACAUUUGUGUUCAGUGAAGGAGACCAGCUUCACAUAGUCUCUUCAGGUGAGCUUCGCAACAGCCCAUAAAAUAGAGGAAGCUACUAGAGAACAGAGUGCUUUCUCCGACUGGCAGGUGCUACGGAAACCAAGACUGACCUCGUUACGGUUCUGAGAGGCUUGCCAUGUGAGAGUGCCUGCGGAUGUCUGCCAUCUAGCUGAAAGGAUCCUCAAAGGCACAGCACCAACAGCUGACAUGAAGAGGGGACUGGAGUUGGAGAUGGAAGCAGCCAGUGACUACUGCAAGAUGCAGAAUGUCAAAUGCUCACCCUGUGGCCUCAUACAUCCUGACAUCCCUUGGUUUGCUUCUUCUCCUGAUGGCCUGGUCUACAACCCUCUCGAGCAUCCACCUUUUGGCCUAGUUGAGAUUAAGAACCCGAACGUAAAAGAUUUUGUGGAUUGUAAGUACGUUCACAUGCAUAACGGUGAACCUUCCCUGAAGAGGCAUCAUACCUACUACUGGUAAGUUCAAGGUCAGCUCUACAUCACUGAGUUGGAGUGGUGUGACUUUGUUGUCUGUGGACAUGAGAACAUUCUGUUUGAGAUAGUACAGAGACCCAGUGGUGUUCACACUAAUUAGAGUGAAGAGUGACUGGUACUACUUAUAUGUGUACAUGCAAAAGUUAUUAGGCAGGAAAGCCUAAAUAACUCCAGACAGGCUCCUGUACCUUUCAAUUAAUGAAAGUGAAACAAACUAACAAAUCUGUCUGCAAUUAAUUAAUUAAUAAGUCAUUUUAAAUUAUUCAGUAAAAAAAAUUCAGUUCUCUUGUCACUGUAAAUAAAAAUUCUGUCCAACAUUU